GUACAAAUUAGUAACUAUGUAUUGUCAGGGACAGAAAACAGACAUCAGUACACAAACUAUUAAAUCAAUUAAGCUUCUUUAUAUUUAUUCAAUAUUCAUGAAUAGUAUGUUAUAAUUAUCUAAGGAAAUAUGAACCGGGUGUAAUCGAUUAAAAAUACAAGGUAACUAAUCAAGCACGACUCACGGAACUGAAACGAAAAUGUUGUAAACAAAAUUAGGUGACAAAAGACAUCAAGAAAUGUGUAAUGUCUUCAAUGGUUAUGAGUUAUUGCUCUUCAAAAGGUUUAAUGAAAAACCAGAGGAAUGGUUGGAAUGGAAGAACAAGCUAAAAGAGCGCGAAGAAAAGGGAGACACUGCAAGUUUCGACAUCCCACAGGAGCUAUGGUACCUGUAUGUGGCUCUCCAUCAGCGUCCACGCUACCUUAUGCAGCUGGUCAAGGACGAAAUAGAGAGGGAAAACAAACAUUUCCUCCGCAGAUCUGGUGAAACACUGUUGACGAUGUACAUAAACAUGAACGCUUUCACAGAGUUUCAUCUAGACAGUAUUUUCAAGUAUGGAGAGGACAACAAACUGCCUAAAGAGAUUUUCAAAUGUGCCAAUAUUCGAUACCUGUCCCUCAAAUACAACUGUCUGUACGACAUACCUCCAGACAUUGGUUUCCUACAGAAGCUUGAGUACCUCGCCCUUACCAAUAACCGUUUACACGUCCAGUCUAUCCCAUACACACUGACAUUCUGUCGUAAUCUACGCACUCUCCUUCUUGACAACAACCUGCUUGACGCGCUCCCUGGGUUCCUGUUACAAAUGCAGAGCUUAGAGACAGUUCAUCGCCAUGGCAAUCAUAACUACUUCAAGUCAACUUUCAUGUGGUACCAUACUGACAUUUACUGCAGGAUUAUGGAAAUGAAUGGUACAGGGGUCAUGUCUACCAAACGACCCAUGUCACUGUCUUUCUGGGCAGCAAAGGCUCUCGUUGGGAGCAAAAAGAACUUCUUCACAGAUGAGAACGUAGCCCCGGUAUUGAAGGACUAUCUGUGUGGUGUGUAUGACAUGUUUAAUGUGUGCCAGAACUGCCCAAAAGCUUGUCUCAGCAACAAACAAGGUUUCAAGGUGAUCACAUUCAAGAACCCUUAUCUUGGAAACACUUGUGUGCCAUUUCAACACUGGGUUUGUUCUGUCAAGUGUGCCCAGGCCCUCGAAGUACCAGCACGCCUUGAACAGAUCGCCAAGGCACACAAGCUAGACACCCAGUACGAGCGCUAUGUGUUAAACUGUCAGAAAGAGUUCUUCAAGUGUCGUCAUAAACAUCCACUGUUAGCGUGUGUGGUUAAGGUGGAUGGGGACUUGGAAGAGGACUCAGAUUGCUACAGUGAUGUGAGCUGCAAUGCAAACUCUUUGCUAAAUGUGUCUAACACAAGUUCCGAGUCAACGAUGGAUAUUAACAUUACUAUUGCAAAUUUUAGAAGCUCAAGAAAAAAAAAAUGCUGCAUAAUGUAGUUUAUAAUGUGAUUUUUACCUGCGUUUAAGUCCCAGACUGGUGAACUAAGCAAUAUUCUGCGGAUUGUUUAGAACUUAAUGUUAACAGGGUUGUUCACAUCAUGGUUGUUAACUUUCAAGUCUUUUCUGCUCUGGAAGUAUCAUGGACACUUGUGAUCUGCAUUACUUGUAACAACAUUUGAGACAACUAUGUAUUUCAUAUAUUGAAAUAUAUAGGCACAUCUUAAAAUAUUCCGCCUUUUCAAGUUAACAAUGAUGCUGGUAACAUUUUAUUAUUUCAAAAAAGUUCUGAACUAUAGGCCCUUUGUUUUGUGUCGAUAAGUUCAGUUUUUAUUUAUUUUUGCAAUAAUUUCUCUUUCAAGUCUUAUGUGAAUGACUUUAAACAUUGUCUUCUGAACACUACACAUUAAUAUGUUACUGUAACACUAAUAGGAAAAAAAUCAUCAUUCUGUGAUGGAUUUUGUCAAGUUGAAAUUAUUUUUAAGUGCAUUUUUUAAGUGCAUAAAAGUGAUUUGCUGGUUUAGACAUCAUUAUUAGACUCACUACAGCUUUGUCAGACACAAAUGGAGGAUUAUUUUAUUUCAACUCCUUUUUUUGUCUUUGAAAAAUGACAAGAAAUCAAGUUAGUGGUUCGAGUAACAAACCAUACAAACAAAAAUAUGCAUGCCCGCUGUCUUGUGCCUGACAGUUUUCUCAACCCCAGUAAUAGUGUGGGGUAUUACGACAUCAAAAGUAAAAUGUAAGAAUUGUUUGUGCAUGGUGCUGUAUUUGACAAACUGUUAAAAAGGAGUUCUAAAGUCACACUGGAAGGUGAGUUUAGAGAGAGAAACACAAGGCAUUAUCAAAAGGCAUAAUAGGCAGCCCCCUUUGAUUAAAGCCAGUAUUGAGUUUUUGCCUUAAAGGCCUUUUUCGAAAAACUAAUACAUAUAUGUUCACUGAGAAUUAAUUCAUAAGUGAUUAAUCAAAAUAUGAUUUUGUUCUUAUUUUUUUCACAUCAUUGUUUUUUUUUCUAGUUUUGUAUUUGAAUGAUAAAAAUAACCUUCUUGUCUGCUUUGAUUUCCAGAUGUUCCAACUUCCUGGGCCGGUAUUUAUAAAACUUCUUAAGUCAUUACAAACAUAAAUCAUUUUUCUUAGUUAAGUAUCAUAUCAUAUGAUAUAAUGACUUAAUUAUAUCUGCAAUACUUUAUUUUGCAAUGAUUUUAUUGAAAAUACAUUGAAAAAGCACUUCUUUUAGUUUGUGUAUGAUUUUUUAAGGAAAUCAACUCAAGUUGAGAAUUUAACUUAUGAAGUUUUAUGAAUACCGGACCAGGUGUAUGAAUACACUACUUGCAAAGGUAUUGCAAACUGUAUUUUAUUUCUCUUGUAACAGUUUUUGAUAUUAUUUCAGUUUAAGAAAUUAUAUGGUUCCUGUUUAUAUAAAUAUUCUGACAGUAAAAUGCUGCUGCCAUGUUGUUCCACUGUCACCAAAUAAAUCGUUAUUGCCCA